CAUUCCUGAUAAUUAUCAAAUCUCGAGGCAAUCAACUAUCUAAUUGUCCUUGAGAAAAUACUUGAAACAAGAAUCAUCUUUGGUCUUUUCCCAAAUUAUAUAAUCAACUAAAUCGCUCCAGGCGAUUUAAGGAUGUAAACAAUAUAUUAAUUAUUAGUUUCACUGAAAGAAUAUGAAUCAAUUUUCAACAAGGUAAACAAUUCAAUCAAUUAGUUGUUAACUCAUGAUUAUUUUCAUUGAUUAAAUUACUGAUUGAAAUCAUAUGAUUACUUUGAUUCGAUGAUUGACUUUUAAUUGCAUCAAAUUUGUAUCUUUUUUGGCGAACCCGAUUUUCUAAUUGGCUGGUGUUUAAAUCUUUCUCUUGUUACUUAAUUACUUUUCUUACUAAUUGUAAAUUAGUUUAAUUAAUUGAAAUUUUCUCUUAUGUAAAAGUUUCUUAAUCUUCCCUUCACCUUGUUCAUUUCUAUUCUUUUUCAUUUGCAGGAUAUUUUUAGAAUUAUUCAGCUAACAAGUGACUUGUUGCUCUAUUUUUGUUAAUCUUCACUUUCAUUACACUUAACAUCUUAAUUGUUAACGUUUAACAUGUUGAGAAUCCACAAUUGUGAUUGCAAAUUGAUUGUGAUUAAUUUUUACUCUUUUCUAGUCUCAAAUUUAGUUCAGUUUUCAUGAUCACAUUGAACACUCAACCUUUCGUACCAAUGUGACCCUCGUUUUUAAUCAUUUCUGGCUAAUUAUUUAUCUAAUUGUUGUUUUUUCAACAUCAUGGAUCCGAAAUGUUCAUCUACAAGUGGUUUCGUUAAAUUAAUCAUCUAUUUUUUGAUAUUGAUUAGUCUUUCUUGUGAAGUGGAAGGUGAUGUUUUCCCAGGUCAACAAAGGCCUCGUUAUGGGUCAACUAAAUGUCGAGGUUCCAAUUCAAGACUCGGAUUCAAUCCUGAUAUUCCGAGAAUGGCUCAUCCUAAUAAUGGGGACACAAUAUUUCCAGCUUCUGUAAGGAUGUCCUGUAAUCGACGAUUUCCUGGUUUUUAUAUGGACAAAAUUUCUGGAGACGGAGGUUUCAAGAUAACUGUUGUCGAUGCAGAUCAAUAUUAUACUCCUGGCAAAUCGUAUGAAGUUAAACUCGGUGGUUCCCAACAGUUUAAUUUAUUUCAAUUAGUUCUAGAAAACGGAGGUCCACCGCCUGAUUCUGAGGCCGAAAUCAGCCAAACUCUCAGAGUUGAUGUUGGAAGAUUCAUGUUAUAUCAAGAUGCAACAACUCGAUAUUCUGACGAUUGUCCCAAUUCUGUUAUGCACUCAGCGAAUAUCACCAAAUUCAAUAUUCGAGUCAGUUGGAGAGCUCCGCCAUCAGGGUCUGGUUGUGUUCUGAUGAAAGCGUCAAUUGCUGCUGCACCAGAGAUUUGGUUCAGUGAUGAUGGAGGACUAACUCGUCGAUUAUGUCCUGAUACGUCUUUGUCCAUUGAUGAACAACCAGAAAUUCUUGGUCAAUGUGAUGCUUGCGACGAAGCUAAAUAUCAAUUAUUAUUCAGAGUACUUUGGUCUAAAUUCACUCAUCCGAAGCAUAUUCCCGAUAAGUGGUUGUCAUAUUUUUCUAGUUUAAUUGGUGCUUCACAUUCAAAUGAAUAUCGAAUGUGGGAAUACGAUGGUUACGCUUCGAAAGGAUUAAAACAAUUGGCCGAAGAUGGAAACACAGAACUUCUCAAGGCAGAGAUUCGAGAAAGUGUAUCAAAGAUAAGAACAAUCAUCAAGGGCCGAGCUCUGGGAUUGAAUGACCAUCGAGGUCAAACAUUUGCGAUCUUCAGAGUUGAUCGGGUUAAUCAUUUACUUUCUUUUAUAUCGAAACUUGGUCCAAGUCCCGAUUGGUUUGUUGGUGUUUCUGCGUUCGAAUUGUGUUUGAGAAAUGGUUCAUGGUUAUCGGAAAGAACCAUGAACCUUUAUCUCUGGGAUGCUGGAACAUCUUCUGGAGAUUCUUACCAAUCUAAUCCUCGACCUACUCUUCCACCGGAAAGAAUUCAUAUGAUAACAUCAUCAUGGCCUGGAGAUGAAGGUCAGUCACCGUUUUACGAUUCCACGGGUGCGAGAAUCAAACCGUUUGCUCAAAUCACAGUCAAAAGAUUGAGAACUUACCCAAGAACUUGCGAGGAUCGCGGAAGUUCAUCCAACAAAUUCAGUCAGAACAAUUCAGGAGAUAUCGAAGAGCCGUUAAUCACUGAUAAGAGACCUGAAUGUUCAGUUUCUGCAUGGACAUUAAUGCCUUGUAUUGGUGAGCCAUACGAAGCUGGUGAACAGAUUCGUAAUCGAUCAUAUAUCAAUCCUUCAGCAGCACAAUUAAUGGGUUGUCAGAAUAUCUUGACUGAUAAAAUACCCUGUAUGCCAGGGUGCAAUGGGGAAAAUAUCUGUUCAUUGUCUGAAUGGGGACCUUGGAGUAGAUGUGAUACAACUUGUGGCAGAGGAAAACGUAAUCGUCGUCGACAUUUCAUUCAUCAUGAAGCGGGUGUUUAUUGUGAUUCAUCAUCAUUAAUUGAAUCAGAGGAGUGUCAUGAAUGGAGUGAUGAUUGUUCAGCAAAAGAAGCACUGGAAAACGCAAUGGAAGAUCCGAGAUGUGCGACUACCCCUUGGGACGAUUGGUCACAAUGUUCAGUAAAUUGUGGCCUUGGUCGAAAGUAUCGUAAUCGAUAUUACCUAACUCCUAAAUCAGCAGAAUUUUGUACCAAAGAAUUACAUCAAGAGAUCAAUUGUCAAAUGGGAGUCAAAAAUUGUGACCCAAGUGAAAAUGUUAAUCUUCCGGUGGCAGAACCAAAAUUAAAGGCAACGGAUGUUUGUCUCAAGCCACUGAACACCGGUGAUCUCUGUUUAACGGCCAUGUUGAAAGAUCCGAUUCGCCGUUGGUACUACGAUCAACCGACUGGACUUUGUUUACCCUUUAAUUUCACCGGAUGUGAGGAUAUGUCCAACAAUUUCAUGUCCCAACAAGAUUGUGAGAUAUUAUGUCGACAAAUGCUCAACUCGGAAGGAACUGUUGUCACUAAUUAAGUCGAUCAAUUUGAUAAAACACUAUUGAUAUUUCACAUUUACUUGGAUAAAGUUCAACUUGGGUUGGAAUCAAAUUGUUAUUUAGGUGGUGAAAUAAUUGAUUGCAAGAAAUUAUGAUAAUUUAAUUUAAUUCUUUAUUCUCAACCAAAUCAAACGAAUGAUCAAAUAUAAUUUGAUUACAUUGAAUAAUUAAAUGAUUUGUUGUCUCCGGUGUUUGGAAGGCAUUUCGUUGAUUCAGUUGUUUGUUUCUUUUUCAUCGUGAUGGUCACAUUGCUCUUCCGGCGGAUGUGAUUCUUCGUGACAAUGGCCUCCGGCAUCUUUAUCCUCGCAAGGGUGUUCGUGACACUUGUCGGUCUCACAAAUUGUCUCCUCACAAUGAGUAUCUUCACAACAUGGAUCAGUAACAGUGGCAGCGGCGGAAUCGAUUUCACUUGAAGACAUUUUGGUCGAAACAAUUAAGUUGAUUGGCAGUUGAAAGAAUUAAAAUAUUAAUCAAUUGGUUGGAAUUGCAAGUUGAUUGUGAUGAUUAUUGAUGGAGAAUCAAUCAGUUUAUAUACUGGUGACAAAAUUAAUUAAUCACAAGGAUGAAGACGAAAAACAAUCAAAUGAAAGAGAAAACAAAAGCUUCCGUAAUUAAAUGAGUCUAAGGACAAUUAAGAAAGAAACUCUUUCUUUUCUCUUUCUUUUUCUCUUUCUUUUUCUCUUUCUUUAUAACUUUUUUCAAAGAGAAAAAGCAAAAUCAAUGUUGACUAAUUUCUGUUUGAUUUUUUCAAUUUAAUUUAUUGAUUAUCAUUGUUUAACCAUCGAAUUAAUUUGUUACGUUCGAUGCCUUAAUUGACGUUUUAAUUGUGUUAGUAAACAUCAUUUUCCAAUCAA